AUGCUGGUCUUGCAACUCCGAUUUUUAUUAGUUCCAUUGCUCACAAGCGUCAUGGGAGCAGCGCAAUAUAUGAUGCAAGAUGCAGCACUGAUGAACUACAUUGACCGGCGUUUCCUAUCUUUAGAGAAGAGGCUGGAAAAAUGCAACCAAGACAUACUGGAUUACGUGGAAGAAUUCCGAGACUUUUCAAAGAUGGUACUGUCACGCCUGGCAGGACUGAACAAUUAUAAGGCUGAGGUUAAAAGUGAAGUAGAGAAUUUGCUAACAAGAAUUGAACGUGCACAAAGGGACAUUGACUAUUUUGGAUCUGUCACAGAUUCUAAUACAUGUAUAGAAGUACAUGAAGACCUGGUGAAACAGCAGCUAUUUGAAGAAGCAGAAGAAAAAAAGAAACUUAAACUCAUGCUUAAUGCAAGUUGUGACCACAUGCUUGCAGGUAUUAAAUCCCUGAAGAUAGUUAAGAAGACUGGAGAUAAGCAUGGCUGUUGGAUGAAAGAUCCUGGCAAAAAGCAUACAAAGAUUUAUUUAUUAAAUGGUUCUGUAAAUAAUGUUAUUUUGGAAUUUGCAAAUAUCAUGACAUUCAUGGAAAGCAAUCAUACACUAAAAGCUCGCAGAGUCACCUUGCCAUUUGCCUGGGAAGGAACUGGCCACAUCAUAUAUCAGGGUUUCCUGUUCUAUCACAGAUAUGGCUCCUUAAAUGAGAUAAUUAAAUUUAAUAUCCAGAAAAGAAAUAUAACUGACCAAAUGCUACUGCCAGGGGCUGGAAGGAUUCCUGCCUAUCAGCUUUCUCCGUCUACAAAAAUAGAUCUUGCCAUUGAUGAGCAAGGGCUCUGGGCAAUCCAUGCAGAACCAGAGACUGGAGGAAACAUUGUAAUUACUAAAAUCAACCACAUAACCAUGGCAGUAGAGCACACUUGGGACACAUCAUGCAAUAGCAAGGAUGCUGAAGCAGCUUUCAUGGCAUGCAACACACUCUAUGUUGUGUACAACUUUCCUAGUGGAGGCACCUCUCGCAUACAAUGUGUUUAUGAUGUUUUGGAUGCUGUAAAUACUUAUGAAAUCCCAGUAUUGCAUUUUCCAAAACGUCAGGGUAGUCAUUCCACUAUACAUUACAAUCCUAAAGAAAAGCAACUCUUUGCCUGGGGUGAUGGAUCCCAGAUCAUUUACAAGCUUCACACAAAGCAAAAAGUUUAGA